AUGUCUGAGGAAAACCAAGAUAAUUCCAAUUCGAAUGAAAAAGUGAAUUUCUUCGGCAAACAAGUCACACGUGCCCAACUCCAGCCGUUCGUCAAGUUCUAUGAAGCCGACCACAACUUGACUACUGAGGACCGGAAAGUCAUGGCUACCGAACUCAAUUGGAUCUCCAAUUCAUCGCAGAUAUGGGGAAUGUUGGAUGCAUCAUUGGCAUUUUUUGCACCUACGUUUUACCGCCGCUUCAUGAAUUCGAAAACGUCGAAAGUGGCGGAGAAUGUUAGAAACAUGCCAGUCCGCAGAUUCAUCCAUCGGCCAUUUCUCUCCACCAUGAUCGGAACGGCCACAUUCUUCGUUUCGGUGAUCUACCACAAUAAAAAUCUGCUUGAUUAUACAGUGUCGUUGCUUGAUAAGGAGAUUGCUAGUAAUGAGUUCAACCAGGACCAGAGAGAAGCUAAGAAGAGACAACUUGGAGUGUGGAAGACAAUGGUGCCCACGCAAAUGACAUUUUACUAUCUAUACUACUGGAAAACGAGUAAUGAUCCGUCGCUGGUGUUGAAGGAUCCACGUACCAUGACGAAAAAUCCACAUGAGGUUCAUUACAUUCCUCCACCUCAGCAGAAUCACGGACAACACCACGAGAAUGAGGCUCCGCAAUGGGCCAAGAUUCGGGCUGCCAAUGGGUUUCUGAGUGGUAAAGAUGAAAAGAAAGAUGAGUCGGAAGAUGAAGGGCUCUUGGAUGGAAUGUUGGAAGACCCCAAAGAAGAGGUGGAUUCUGAGCCUAAAAGAAGCGCAUGGGAUCGGGUGAGACGGGGAAAUGGAACGUAA